AUGUCGGCAAAGAAAAGUGGUCCGCUGCCUUCCGACUCAGCGCCUAUCACCGAAUCUCUCCUCAGUCGCUUGAUUGUUGCACCGGUGCUGUUCGUAUCAUUUCUGAUAUCGCUAUUCCUCAUUGACCGCCAAACGUAUGGCAGCAUCUUCGGCCGAUCCGGCAGUCAAGAUGGAUAUUACCAUUCCCACCAGCGCAAGUUGGCCAAGCGAGAGAUGGACGACGCUUUCCAAAUGCGAAGCAAGGUCAUCGCUGCCAUGGUAUUGUUGAGCGCGGUCUCCCUGGCUCUGCUUGCUUGGAUACUGGAAUCGACGUGGAAUGUAUGGAGAUUUAGGACGUGA